CGUCGUCCAGAUAAUCUGCCAUCACCAUCUAAACCAUGUCCUCCCGCCGAGGUGUCGGCCUAGGGGCCUUUGCCAAUCGAACCCAAGCCAGCCAGUCCUACGCCAACCAUGGUGCCACCCUUCGCUCCACCCACCUCUCCUCCCUCCAAACACAGCUCUCCGUGUUCCAGUCCCUCCUUCAUAGCUUCGCGCUGGAGCACAGCUCAACCAUCAAGUCAAACCCCACAUUCCGGGCUGAGUUCGCACGAAUGUGCAACACAAUCGGAGUCGACCCGCUCGCUGCAAGUAACGUAAAGGGGAAAAAUGCACGCAAAGCGCUGGGCGACUCGGGCAGCUUCUGGACGCAGAUCAUGGGCGGGGACAUGAACGAUUUCUACUUCGAGGUUGCAGUUCGAGUCGUGGGACUGUGUCGGGACACGCGCAGUGAGAACGGUGGGCUACUCGGCGUCGAGGAGUGUCGAAAACGAGUAGGCAAAGGGAAAGCUAUCGGGAGUGGUCUUGAAGUUACGGAUGAUGAUGUCCUCCGUGCUGUGAAAUCGCUUGAGCCUCUGGGCUCUGGCUUCUCUAUUGUCCGAGUUGGCAGCAAGCAAUAUAUCCGAUCGGUUCCCAAGGAGCUCAACACAGAUCAAGCCACCGUGCUGGAGGCUAUACAAGUUCUAGGAUACGUGAGCAUAUCUAUGUUGCGGCUGAAUUUGAACUGGGAGAAAGCGCGGGCCCAGACCGUCAUUGAUGAUCUGUUGGCCGAUGGAUUAGUCUGGCUCGAUGCCCAGGCCGAAGAGAAUGAAUACUGGUCACCACAGAAUCUGCUUGAUGAUAGUGGUUGAACCUGCUUACUCUAUUGAUGAACUGUUGAAUAUUUUGGGUCGACAUUCUCCAAGUGCUUCCUCAGAUUCAACCGACAGUAACGCGAGUGGGUUAGAUAUAUAAUGUAUCACGACCCACCUCGUCAGUGUUUGUCCCAAGACUCGGCGUAACUUAACGCUAGUGCACCGAUCCGUGUGAAAAUGCUGGAAAAGAAUGGUUCAUCAUUAUACUUCCAAGCCUUGAUGCAGCACCGGGACUCUACGACCUUAAGAUCCGGUCGAAGAUCCGGAGCUUUGCAUUUCUACAGAAUAUACCCCAUCAAACAAAGAAUUCUAGUUAUUAAUUUAGAAAGACACAUCGCAAAUGGACACCUUCAGCUACACUGCACUACAGCUUUG